AUAAUUACAAUUUGGCGCCAAUGGAGUUGGCAAUCGUUAUCAGAAAGUCAGCACCUUCGAAAUUUUUGAGUUUGAAUUUGAAUUGAAUAAAGUUUAAAUGUAAUGAAAUGAUUCCUUCAAAAUCUGGAAAUAAUUCUAGGCGAUCGUCUAUACUUAAGCCUCCCAAACCACGUCAUCCUCUACAGAACUUAAAUUUUAAUAAUUCAUCCAAUGAAAAUAGUCCUGUUACUACAACAAAAAUCAAAAGACGUGUUAGUUUUGCAGAAAAAAAGCAUGUCAAAGAAUUUUGUAAUUCUUUGGAGCAAGGAACAGUAUGGGAUAAUACAUAUGAAGAACAUGAUAUAAGUGAUGUUAAAAUAUCAUGUUCUUUUCAAAAAGAAUAUGAAUCUAAAAGUAUACAUAAAGAAAAUAUUUUUAAUAAUAUUCAUGAAAAUAAUGUGCAAUAUAUUUGUAAUGAAACAAUAACAAAAGAUAUAAAUAUUGAAAGAUCUAAUUCAUAUAUUAUAAAUACAAUUGAAAAAGAAAAUUGUCGAGAUGAAAUGUUACUAAAUGAAUCAUUAAUUAUUUUUCAUAAUGUGGAUACUGAAAAAAAUGAAUCUAUUUUCUCACAUGAUUCACAAUUAAAAAAUAAUAACUGUACAUCAAAAAAUAUUAUUGUGUAUGAAGAUUCUGAUAAAAAACUAAUUGAACAAUCAAAUCAGAUAUCAGAUUACUUAGAAUCAAAUGUAUGUAAUUUUGACAAUAAUAAAUUAAAUAUCACAUCUGAUCAAAAUAUAUGUAUGGAUUUAACUGAAGUUGUUAGCCCUGUUGCAAAUUCUAUUAAUCGUGAUGAAACAAAAAAGAUGCUUAAAAAUGCAUCAAUAGAAUUAAUAAAUGAUAUUUUACCAAAUAAGGAAAACUUUCAACAAUUUAAUAAAUCAAAUGUAGAAGAAUUUAGUAUAACAAAUCAAAAUAAAUCAAUGGAAAUUACUGUGUCCCAACCAUCUGUUAUUAAACUUAAUAAAAACAUUGAUAACAUAAAUACAUUUUGUAUAGAUGACAAAACUAAAAGACUUGAUAUUUCAAUGGAAAUAACUUCAGCAAUACCAACUUCUUUAUGUAAUCUACAGUCAAAUAAUAAUGAUAUAAAUUAUUAUGUUUCUAAUUUAAUAUCAUAUAAUAAUGAUAAUAAGAUAACUCCUUUUCAUGACAUAUCAAUGAAUACUACUAAAGCUAUAGAAACAAUUAUUCAUAAAUCAUCUGACAGAUCACCUGUGGUACAAAAAAUAUCACAAUAUAACAUUACAAAACAAGAUGAAGAAACCAAAUUAUUAAAUACAUCUAUGGAAAUUACUAAAAUAGUUCCAAUUAAUAUACAUUCUGUAAUAAAAAAUUAUGGACCAAAUGAAAUUAAUUUUGAUACAGAAACUAAUGUUAAAAAGUUAAAAUAUGAUUCAGAUAUUUAUGAAACCUUAACAAAUUAUGAUAAAACAAAAUUUUAUAAUAAUGAAGAAAUGGAAUUUACCACAGCUAUAACAUCUUUACCUACAAUAUGUCAAAAUAAUCUACAGUUAUCUAUGCAAGAUAUUUCUUGCACGCAAUUAAAUUCUUCAAAUUCAAUAUCUAAUAAUUCUGGAAAUCAUUCAUUGACAAAUAAAACUAUUAUUUUUGAUAACAAUUCAAUGACAGUUACUAAAAUAGUACCAACACUUGAUAAGAAGAAUCAAGACAUUAUCACAAAACUCUCCCAAAGUGAAAUAGAUUUUGAUAUAUGUUCUAGUAAGUUUAGACAAUCAAUAUUACCUGAUAAUUUUGAAAAAAAAAAUCUUAUAGAUAUUUCAAACAACAAAGAUAAUUUGUUAAGAGAUAAGAGUACUAUAGUAAAAAUUUCUUCUUUAUUAAACUCAGAUAUAAUUUCAAAUGAUAAUAGGAAAAUGAAAUGUACCAAAGCUGUAACAUCCAUAAGUACAGUAGAUCAAAAUAAUUUACAGAUACCUCAAGAUAUUUUAUGUACACAAUCAAAUUCUGCAAAUCCAAUAUCUGAUAAUUGUAAAAAUCAUUUAUUAUUAAAUAAAACUAUUAUUUUUGAUGAUAAUUCAAUGAUAGUUACUAAAAUAAUACCAAUACUUGAUAGAAAACAUCAAGAUACAUUUUUCCAAACUGAAACAGAUAAUACAUGUUCUAUUAAAGAUAGACAAUCAAUAUUAUCUUCUAAUAUAAAAAAAAGAGAUCUUAUGAAUAUCUUAAGCAAAGAUAAUAUAAGAGAUAAUAUUGUAACAAUCCCUUCUUCAUCAAACUCAGAUAUAACUUCAAAUAAUAAUGAAAAAAUGGAACUUACCACAGCUAUAAUAUCUUCAUCUGCAUUACAUCAAAAUAAUUUACAAAUACCAAAUACAAUACAAAAUAUUUCUUGCACACAACCAAAUUUUUCAAAUUUAAUAUCUGACAAUUGUAAAAAUCAUUCAUUAUUAAAAACUAACAAAACUAUUAUUUUUGAUGAUAAUUCAAUGAUAAUUACUAAAGUAGUACCAAUACUUAAUAAAAAGCAACAAGAUAUUAUAAUAACAGAUUCCCAAGAAAUAAAUUCUGAUAUAUAUUCUGCUAAAGUUAGACAGUCUAUAUUACAUAAUAGUAUAGAAAAAAGUAAUUUUACAAAUUUCUCAGUUAAUAUAGAUAGUGAUGUCUUGAAAAAUAAUUCCAAACAUGUAAAUUCUUGUUUAUUAAGCACAAAUAUAGAAAACAAUGUUAUACAAAGUUCUACUCCAAUUAAAGUUCAGGAUUUUGUAAAUAUUAAACCUAGCAUGUCUUCGCAUGAAUCAAUGCAGCAACAAACUUUUGCUUCAGCUUUAAAAGAAAAUAACACAGAAAUAGUUUGUGCUAAUGUAACUAAUUGUGUAUCAAGUAAAUCUUUCUCUGCUAUAAACUUAGAAUUAAAUAAAAAUGAACACAUUAAUACAACACAAACAGCUAUAUCACAUCCAAGAAGAACAUAUACAAUUCACUCAAAUAGUAAUCAUACUUUUACAGUAAAUAGUAAAAAAGAAAAUAACAUUUCAGAAAUUAACAAUGAUGUUUCUUAUGAAUUAAAUAAUGAAAAAAAUAAUGCAUGUAGCAUUUUAAAUAAUACAAAAGAUUUAGAAAAUAAAGAAGAUUAUGAUAUAAAAUAUUUAAUGAAUGGAAAAGAUAUAUUUUUGAAUGAAAGUUUGGAAAUAUUAGAAUCAAUUAAACCACCUUCAUUUGAUUGCUUAGAUGACUUAUCACAUAUAGAUUAUUCUACGGAUAUUAUUUGUAAUAAAAAAAUUGAUAUAGAAACAAAUUGUGUUUCACAAAAUGAAAGUGAAUUUGAAAAUAUUUUAAAAUUUAAAGAUUAUCAGAAAAAUGAACAAAUAGAGAAUGAGCAUAAAUCGCAAACAUUUGUAAUUAAACGUACAUUUUUAAACGAUGCAUUAGAAAAUUCAAAUGAAAAUAAAAUACAAACUAAUGAAAUUUCAAAAUUGGAAUUGUUAACUCAGGAAAAUACUGAUAUCGAUACUGAUAAUCGAAUUUUAGAAUUUUCGUCUUCAACCAUAAAUAAUAGUGAAAAUUUCUCUUUAAUGCAUAAUACUGACGAAGAUUUUCAGAAAUUACACAUGGAUAAUUCUAAUUUAGAAUGUCUUUUAUCAAAUGCAAAAGCUAUUUAUAAAACUUUAAAAGCUGAUGACAGUAAUAAAUUAAAUGAUACACAUAUGAUGAAAGUAAAUAAUAAAUUUUAUUCAAAUGAACAAUUUCAAUCAAAUUUGAAAUCUCAUACUUUUUGUAUAGAAGAAGAAAAUGUUAUAAUGAAAUCUUUUUCUUCCUUAAUGAAUGAAUUAAAAAUUUGUGCAAAAAGUAAUGAAAUUAUUUGGGAAGUAUACUAUGAAAACAUCGAAAGAAACAUGUUUAUAAUUGGUUUUAUAUCAUGUUCAUUAUUAGUAAUAAUAUUUAUACAAAAUCCUUGUGAAGAGACAAAUGAUCAAUAUAUUAAAAAAAUUAAUAUAAUUUCUCAAUUAGAAGACGAUGCAGAUGCAUUAAUUACUAUAGUUCAUCGAAUAAUUCUAGAAAAAUUAGAUAUUAAAAACUUAUUGGAUUUGUAUAAAAAUCGUGAAGAUAUUUUACCGAUGUUAGAAUACAUUUCGAAAGAAGUAAAAUUAGCUAUGGAUUUUAUGUUUGAUUUGAAACGUUUGAAUGAUCCAAAUUUGAUGGAAAUAACUCAUGAUAGCAUAUCUUUCAUAUCGCAAACUAAAACAGGGAAUAUUAUAUUAAAAAUUACAAUAAACAUCAAACCAUUUGAUAAGAUAGAAUUUCAAAAUAUUUCUGUUCAUUGUUUAAUAGGUUCCGUAAGAGAAGAAGAUGUUAAAAAAUUAAUAAUAAAUGUAAAAAAGGAUCAUAAGUUCUUACGAAGAUAUAUAAAUGAUGUGAAAGACUAUAUAUAUUUGAUGGAA